AUGUUGCAUGACCUGAGGCUUGGUAUGGGGAAGUUCCGACCAGAGAGGUUUGUGUACGAUGCUGAGGAUAUUCCAUUUGGGACACUGUCGUGGUUCCUUUAUGCUGGAAUUUCUUGCUUGCUUGUUCUCUUCGCGGGGAUUAUGUCUGGUCUCACUCUUGGAUUAAUGUCUCUGGGUCUCGUGGACCUUGAGAUUCUCCAGCGGAGUGGUUCCUCCACCGAGAAGAAACAAGCUGCUGCUAUUUUGCCGGUUGUUCAAAAGCAGCAUCAGUUGCUUGUCACCUUGCUUCUUUGUAACGCCUGUGCCAUGGAGGCACUUCCUAUUUACCUUGACAAAAUUUUUCAUCCAUUUGUAGCAGUACUGUUAUCUGUGACAUUCGUUCUUGCUUUCGGAGAGGUUAUCCCACAAGCUAUAUGUACAAGAUAUGGACUCUAUGUUGGUUCUAACUUUGUGGGUCUUGUACGUGUCCUGAUGAUCAUUUGCUAUCCAAUUGCUUACCCUAUUGGAAAGGUUCUGGAUGUUUUACUUGGACAUAGUCAUGCAUUGUUUAGGAGAGCUCAGCUGAAAGCCCUUGUUUCAAUCCAUAGCCAAGAGGCUGGUAAAGGAGGUGAACUCACUCAUGACGAGGCAACAAUUAUCAGUGGAGCACUAGAUCUCACGGAGAAGGUAGGUACUACUAAUUUGGAGAAAGGCAUCCUGAUAGUUCUAUCUCUUGCCAUCUAUCUAUACACCUGGAAAUGUAAAAGUAUACUCUGCCAAAGAGAUAAUGUAUGCCCCUAUAUCUAUGAUGUUUUGGCUCUGUAUGAAGCUGCAGAAGAAGAUUCUAUCAUGAGCCAAUCCUCUACUGCUGAGGAGGCUAUGACACCAAUUGAAUCUACAUUUUCCUUGGAUGUUGCUUCCAAGUUGGACUGGGAAGCAAUUGGGAAAAUUCUUGCACGAGGCCAUAGUCGAGUUCCUGUAUACAGUGGAAACCCCAAAAAUAUAAUUGGCCUCUUACUAGUUAAAAACCUUCUUACUGUAAGAGCUGAAACAGAGACCCCAGUUAGUGCUGUUUCCAUCAGGAAAAUUCCUAGGGUUCCAGCAGAUAUGCCUUUAUAUGAUAUCCUCAAUGAGUUUCAAAAAGGAAGCAGUCAUAUGGCAGCCGUAGUCAAGGUUACACAAGAGAGAAAUGACCCUUUAAAAACUGGUGACAUUGAGAAAUCCAAGGAUAAAGAAGCCAUGAAGAAUAGUUCUGAAUUAACUAUGCCAUUGUUAGCCAAGUCUUAUGGGACAUCAGAAAAAGUUGUCAAUAUUGACAAACCCUCUUGGCAUGCUGCAGACCAACAAUUUCAAAAGGAUGGCACUGCAACAAAUGGGGUUCACCACUCACUUGACAAUGUUGACGACGGGGAGCAAGUUAUUGGCAUCAUUACCCUGGAGGACGUGUUUGAAGAACUCCUUCAGGAAGAAAUUGUGGACGAGACUGAUGUGUAUAUAGAUGUACAUAGAAGAAUACGUGUGGCGGCUGUAGCAGCUGCUACAUCUGUGGCACGGGUUCCUUCUUCCCGAAAGUUGACAGGUCAAAAGCCUGUAGUAACACAGAAUCAGUAUGAUAAGGAUGAUGGUCAUGGUGGCAAAAGAAAAUUAGGAUAUGAAAAAUGCCUGUUUCUCUUAGCAGACAUAUACCAGUUUCUUGGCUUUGGCUGUCUCUUCAUUUAUUAG